AGCCGCUGUCGCAGCGCCCCUUGACGGCCACCCCUGCCGGCCAUGCUCCACUCCCUGGCGCGCGCCCUCGCGCGGCCGCCCCGGGCGGCCGGCCUGGGCCUGGGCGCAGGCCUUGCCGUCGGCCUCGGGGCCCAGCAGAGCAAGGGCGCGGCGCGGUGCCACUGCCAGGUGCCCUGCGGCAUCUUCCACGACGACGGCCGCAUCGCCGCCAUCCUGGAGGACGCCAUGACGAUCCGCAAGGCCGUCGCGCAGAGCUUUUCAAGGCCAACGACCUUCAGUCCCUCCACCAGACCGUCCGCUGGAUCAGCACCAAGGAGGAGCACGCCACCAAGAUCAUGACCACCAUCUCGGAGUACUUCCUGGCGCAGAAGGUCAAGAAGGACCAGCUGGGCCACCACGAGUACCUCGAGGUCCUGGCCCUCCACCACGCGGUGAUGGUCGCUGCGAUGAAGGCGAAGCAGAGCGCGGACAUGUCCGCCGUCGACGCCCUGGACAAGGCCAUCGCGGCCCUGAAGCCCGUGUACGCGAAGUGACGUGGCCGACGUGCGGGCGCCCCCCGCGGGCCGUCGCGCUGCCGGCGCGCUCGUUCCUCUGGGCGGGCCCCCCCCCCCUGGGGGGAGAUGUGCGUUGAUUCUGUGCAUCUUGGGCCUGGGAUUUAAGUUCAAGACGCGCGGUUCUUGACUAGUUUGCCGUGCCCGAUCGCUUUGUAGGUCUUGGUAGCUCGCCCGUCGGCGGGGAAAGGGCCGCACAUCCCGCCAGCGCCCGCUCCAGUCCCCUGGGCACGCAGCCUGCUGCGGCCUCCAGGCCUCAGGGCCCUGCUGGACGACGUGCCUGUUGAGGCACCUGAGGUCAUACGAGCUGCCUGGCAGAACGGAUGCUUGCUGCUAGGUAGCCCCGCACAGCCCGGUCAGCCAUGAGCCAUCCAGAGGCGUCUCGGGCACGAGCGUGAUUUGCUUUGCCCCGCUCCGUACCUCCACGAGUGCCUGCCCAUACCGC